UCGAUUAUUUUUUGUGCACACGGAAACAAACACCAAAUUGGCUCCUCUCGGUGCGCUGCCCCCCGUUGCUGACCCCACUCGCCGGUGAUCCGAUGACGGCGGCGGCCCGCGGUCCGCCGCCGCGCGCCCUCUCCGCGGAGCCGAGGAGGGCUCCGUUCGCCGUAGGCCUCUCCCCUCCGCGACCGGGGGCUAGGGUUCGCGCGGCGCAGCCACGCGAGGAGAUUUUUCAGAGCCGUCACCUAUCGAUAUUGUCUAAUUUGAAUCCAAGGCCGUUGCUAUGCCCUCCAUGCAAUUGUGCUCAGAUGGCUUUGGCAGACACAAGAAUUGCUUAUCAGCCUGAUGUUGACCAACAUACUGGAGUUCUGGCCUAUGACUUGGUUCAAGGAAACCUUGUGCAGUGGAAUUCAUUUAUGGACAAAUCAAUACCUGAUCCACCAACAGCUGUUCUCCUUCAUGGCAUCCUCGGGAGCAGGAAAAACUGGGGAUCUUUCGCGAAGAGGUUGGCUCAGGAAUUCCCAAUGUGGCAGUUCCUCUUGGUUGAUUUGCGUUGCCAUGGUGAUUCAGCAUCAAUUAAGAAGCGUGGGCCACACACUGUUGCCUCAACUGCUUUUGAUGUUCUAAAGCUGGUAGUGCAGCUCAGGCUAACCCCUCGGGUGUUGGUUGGUCACAGCUUUGGCGGAAAAGUGGCCUUGAGUAUGGUGGAACAAGCUGCGAAACCACUUGCUCGUCCUGUUAGGGUAUGGGUUCUUGAUGCUACUCCUGGCAAAGUUCGGGCUGGAGGAGAUGGCGAAGAUCACCCUGCUGAACUUAUUGAGUUCCUGAGAAGAAUGCCUACGCAGGUUCCAUCAAAGCAGGUGAUUGUGGAUGCCCUUGUUAGAGGACGAUUUUCUGUGGAUGUUGCACGUUGGGUGGCCACAAAUCUCCGACGAAGCAGUCCAUUAGGACAACAAUCAUCUUCAAGCUUCUCAUGGACUUUUGACCUGAAUGGCAUCUCGGAGAUGUACAAGUCUUAUGAAGAUACCAACUUAUGGGGGAUUGUAGAGAAUGUACCGAGGGGGAUUCAUAUUAAUUUCCUAAAAGCUGAACGAAGUUUGCAUAGAUGGGCUCUUGAAGAUCUCCAAAGAAUUCAUACCGCAGAGGAAUUGGCUGCAGAUGAGGGUGGAGGAGUUGAAAUGCAUGUGCUUGAAGAUGCUGGACACUGGGUUCAUGCAGACAAUCCAGAUGGUCUCUUUAGGAUUCUUUCAUCAACCUUCCGGAUCGAGACUACUAUAAGAGGAAUGCAAGACUGAGGAUUCAAAACCCCAAGUGGCACUGCCUUAUAUGUGGGAAGACAAUGGCACGCGAAGACGUGUCAUCACAAAAGUUGUAUUUGAGUUUUGUAGAUUACAACGAGAGGGGGACAAAAACCAUCAACGAUGAUCCUAACUGCUAUUAUUGGCAAGAGGGGGAUACAAACCGUCAACGAUGAUCCUAACUGCUAUUAUUGGCGAGAGAGGGAUACAAACCGUCAACGAUGAUCCUAACUGGUAUAAUUGGCGUGUUUGUUCAUUUGUUCAUUCUUUUCCUGUAUCAUGUAUGUAACAUGACAGUCGGUUGCAGUCCUGCUGUUCUUAGAGGAACAACUGUUAAUUAUGAUGUCAAACACUGAAUAAAUGAGUAGUAUUUCCUAAUUGUCUCACUACUUCA